CUUACAACUGGUAACCUAAUCUCUUUAUCUGAGCAAGAGUUGGUUGAUUGUGACACCAAAGGUGUAGACCAAGGUUGUGAGGGUGGCUUGAUGGACGAUGCAUUUCAAUUCAUCAAUCAAAAUCAUGGGCUUAGUACCGAGACAAAUUACCCCUACACAGGUGUUGAUGGUACUUGCAACACCAAGAAGGAGGCUAGCCAUGCUGCCAAGAUAACUGGCCACGAAGAUGUGCCUACAAACAGUGAAGUUGCCCUCCUUAAGGCUGUUGCUAAUCAACCUAUUUCAGUUGCCAUUGACGCUGGAGGUUCUGAUUUUCAAUUCUAUUCAAGUGGUGUCUUUACAGGAGCUUGUGGAACAAGUCUUGAUCACGGUGUUACCGCUGUUGGUUAUGGAGUCAGUGCUGAUGGGACCAAGUAUUGGUUGGUGAAGAACUCAUGGGGAACAGAAUGGGGUGAAAAAGGAUACAUAAGAAUGCAAAGAGGUAUUGAGGCAAAGGAAGGUCUUUGUGGCAUUGCUAUGGAAGCCUCUUACCCCACUGCAUAGUUUGA